GUCAGAAUCUCCUCUAACAGGGCAGCUCUAAAUUGUUUGGAACGGGAAAGCACUUGGAACUACUGCCAACAUGGGGCUGUUUGAAACACCAGUGACCUCAUUUCUUCUGACAAUGUAUCUGUAUCUUAUCAGCACUCAGCAACAUGUUCAUGCUGAAACUUUUGCUGAUAUUGCAUUUUUGGUCGAUGGAUCUCAAAAUAUGGGACCCCAAGCAUUUAAACAGGCACGGGCUCUUAUCUUAAAAACUGUGACAAGGCUGAACAUAGGAAAAGAUGCACACAGAAUUGGGCUUGCUCAGUACAGUCAUGAUGCACAAGUGGAGUUUACUUUCAAUACAUUGAGAACGAAGAAGGAUGUAUUGAAUUACCUAAAGAGGAGGUUCCAGUAUAAAGGUGGAACAUCACUAAAAACAGGCCUGGCUUUGGAUUUUCUGCAUAAAUCUUACUUCACAGCCGACGCUGGAAGUCGAAAAAAUGAAGGCAUCCCCCAGAUUGCAGUAUUAAUUACAUCUGCACCAUCGAACGAUGAUGUUGAAAUUUCUUCUACUUCUUUAAGAAAUGACGGAGUGAUAGCUUUUGUCAUUGGUGUAAAGAAUUCAGACUUAAGCGAACUCCAAAAGGUUGCCUAUCUUGGAAAUGCUCCAUUCGUUGUCAAGAGGGAUAACUUUAUUGGUUUUACAAAUUUAGCAGUGGAUUUAACUAAAACAGUCCAAAAUAUACAAGAAUUUCUAAAGGUGGAAGUGACCAAACCACCAGCAGUGUCACCAUCUAUUCCCAGAAGGCCUUUGGUUCCAGAUGGACCCUGUCCUGCAAUUAAUGUAGAAGACUGCAUCGUUGACAUUGCUGUUGGAUUUGAUUUCCCUGGAUGGUUCGGAUCACAGAAUAUAUUUAAUGGUCAACAACAAUUGCGACUAAGGCUGGACGAAUUUGUGCAGGGAAUUACAUCUGCAAGUGAUAUUAGUUGUAUGUCUGGUGUUCAGCCAGAGAUCAGAGUGGCGUUUUAUGCAAAAAGUGACACAGGCCAGGUUAUCUUUGACACAAAAUUUGAAAACUAUAGCGCUGAAAUAAUUUAUAACCUCACAUCAACACACGCUGUGUCCAAAAUUGAUUUAAAUCUUGAGACAUUGGAGGUGCUGGGGAACAAAUUUGGAGAAACAAGUUCAAAAGCAAAAGUCAUGCUUAUAUUUACAGAUGGCUUAGAUGGCACCAAGGAGAACUUUAAAAAAACAAGCAAGAAUCUGAGAGACAAAGGAGUCAACACCCUCAUCACUGUGGCUUUGGAGGAUAGUCCAGACACAAACGACAUCCGUUUCAUUGAGUUUGGACGAGGAUUUGAAUACAAAAAAAUACUAUCCAUUGAAAUGGAGGAUGUUGGAAGUGCUUUGCGCAGACAAAUAAAUGCAGUUGUAGAAAAAGAAUGUUGCAAUAUCCCUUGCAAAUGUACAGGAGAGCCAGGUGCACGUGGUCCUCGGGGAAACAAAGGAGAUGAGGGAAAUCCAGGCACAAAAGGAUUUCCAGGUUAUCCAGGAGAUGAAGGAGGACCAGGUGACAGGGGCCCAGCAGGUAUAAAUGGAACUCAAGGAGUGGAAGGAUGUCCUGGCUCCCCAGGUCCCAAGGGGAAAUCAGGGUAUCCAGGAGAGAAGGGUAGUGAUGGGGACCAUGGUAUUGAUGGAAUAGCUGGAGAACAGGGAGACCACGGAAAUCCAGGAGCACCUGGCGAAAAGGGAAACGCAGGAAAUCCGGGGAAGAAAGGACAAAAAGGAGACAUUGGUGAACAUGGAACACCAGGUUUACGUGGAAACCGUGGUGAACUCGGCAUCACAAACAAUAUUCAAGGCUCAAAAGGUGAAAGAGGAGACAUUGGACGUCCGGGUGAUCCAGGAGACGAUGGUAAUCCAGGAAAGCCUGGAGCUGCAGGAAAACCCGGUGUCCAUGGUCACAGAGGACCACCUGGUAAAAAUGGUCAGAAUGGAAAACCCGGAAAACGAGGUCGUAAAGGCGAGCAAGGAUUCCACGGUCCAAAGGGACCACCAGGUUCAGCUGGUCCUCCAGGUCUUAAAGGAGAACAAGGAGCCCGAGGUCAACAGGGCCCACCAGGAAGUCCAGGACAGAACGGGCUUGAUGGCAUCAUUGGAUUAAAAGGGCAAAAUGGUGAACCAGGAAAUCGAGGGGAGAAAGGUGAAAGGGGACCAAUGGGACCCCGUGGGCUAAUGGGGCUAGAUGGCAAAGAUGGAAUUGGUCCUCAAGGCAGAAACGGGAGAAAGGGGGAACAAGGACCACAAGGCAACUUCGGCAGAAAGGGAGAAGAUGGACUUCCUGGUCAAAAUGGAGGACAAGGAGCCAAAGGAAUGAGAGGGAACAGGGGCAAUGCUGGUGAUUCUGGUGAUCCUGGUGAACCAGGAGAGAUGGGAUUUACUGGAUUAAGGGGUCCCAGAGGACGACAGGGCACUUCAUUCGCACCAUGUAACAUCAUAUCAACUGUGAGAGCUAACUGUCCUUGCUGUUUACAUAGAAAAGAAGAGUGCCCCGUGUACCCCACUGAACUGGCUUUUGCUCUGGACACGUCCUCAGAUGUCACACUGUCCAUAUUUGAAAGGAUGAAGGGAAUUGUACUUAAACUGCUGCAGAAUAUUAACAUCGCUGAAAGCAACUGUCCCUCUGGGGCCCGGGUGGCAGUUCUUACAUACAGUAAUAUAGCAAGGCCUUUCAUCCGGUUUUCAGACUUUAAGAAGAAGCAGUUACUUAUCGAAGGAGUAGAAGAACUAGCACAUGAGCGAUCAACCAGAAAACGGAAUAUUGGCGUUGGAAUGCAGUUUGUUGCAAGACAUACUUUUAAACGAGUUCGUAAUGGGAUCCUUGUGAGAAAAAUAGCUGUGUUUCUCACAAAUGGAGACUCGAAAGACACCAAUGCCAUUGCUACUGCUGCUUCAAAAUUCAGUGCUUUAGAUAUCAUUCCAGUUGUCAUUUCUUUAAAAGACAUCCCAGAAAUAGAACGAGCUUUUAAGGUCAAUAGUGAAGACAGACCUGAAGUAAUCGUACUGCCAAGUCAGCAACAAGCCUCCGAAGAAAUAUUAAACAGGUUCCUCUGGUGCACAUUGUGUUUUGAUCAGUGUGAACCAAAUGACUUGUGUAUCAGAGGUGGUCAGCCAGUCCCACUCCCAGUGAACUUGGACAUGACUUUCAUUGUUGAUGACUUGCAGCAGAUGGAAUCAACACAGUCCGAAAUAAUUCAGACUUUCUUGACCACAAUGAUUGACACAUUUCUGAGCACUCCAGAAUCUAAAGCCUCUGGUCUUCAUCCCCGGAUGGGGCUGGUACAACACCCAUCAGGUUACACUCCGCGAUAUGGGAAAGAUCCAUUAAACCUAGAGUUUGGAGUUCUGGAUUACGCCACAAAAACUUUGAAGAAGAGACACAUCCAAGAACCAUUCAGUGAGCUUGAGGGCACCACUGGCAUUGCCAACAGUAUUACAUGGAGCUUGAAGAAUUUCUUCUCAAACCUCACAAAUCCACAAACUUACAAAGUUAUCUUCACAAUAUUUUCAGGGGAAACAAUUAUUGAUGAGAACAAAUUACUGGAGAUAUCACAAGAAGCAAAAUGUAAAGGUUUCACACUGUUUGCACUGGCUGUAGGGGAUGUAUCUAAUGUCACAGUCCUGGAAGAGUUUGUCAGUUUUCCUUUUGAUCAGCAUUUGGUUCAUCUGGAUAAGGGUCUGGAGGCUGAAAUCGAAUAUGCACAAAAGUUUGCAGUGGCUUUUCUAAAAAACCUACCAACUGGAAUCAACAGCUACCCCCCUCCAGAUCUAGCAAAGAAAUGCAGAGGAACAGAAUCUCAGGAGACAGUAAAAGAAGCAGAGAAAACACCGUCCAAUUAUUUAGAACUGAUGGUUGUUCAAGAUGAUAUCGAGCAACCUCAGAGUUACACUGACAAUGCCGAUGUGUGUGCACUGAAUCCUGAUGAAGGCAACUGUCACAAUUACAGCAUAAAAUGGUUCUACAGUAACAAAGAGAAGGACUGCAGACGGUUCUGGUACGGUGGCUGUGGAGGAAACAAGAAUCGAUUUGACACCCGAAAGGAAUGCCGAAAAGUGUGUCGAACAUCUGUUCCAUAAAUCCCUUGUAAAAUGCAUUGGUGUUUCUUAAGGCGUGUGCCUGACUGUAGAAUAUAUUGAAACAACGCACCAGGAUAAUUCAAAUUUGUUGCUUGAGUUGCCACUAGAGAAAUAAUGUCUUCAUUGUAACAAAGUCGAUAUUGAUCCUGUUUCACAGUUACAUAGUUUGCCCAAUCUAUUGAUUUUCAUGGUGCCUUGACUUCUAACUGAAAUCAUCUGCAGACAUGCUCAUAAAUGCAAACUUGUGACAUGGUAGCAAAUGACAUUUUGGGUCAGAAACUAUUAGUAUUCCCACUGACCUCAUUUACAAUGCAGUUUCUGCAUUGUGCAAGAAUAAUUAAACCACUCUUUUUAGCUGGUGCCUUUUACAAAAACAAUUGAGCAACUCCAAUGCUUCAACUGUCUAUUUUACAUAUACAAUUUAAUACUGUUUUGGUGCAUACUCUUUGAAGAGAAAUUUUCAACUAUUGUUUUUGUGUAAAUGAACUUGAACAGUAACUUUCAUUGCAUUCCUGAAUAUUAUUUUGCUUGAAGUCUUGAGAUAAAAUUCUUCUCGGGGAGAAUGUUUAAUUAUUUGAAAUUAAAAUUGUAUGUAUAGUACCACGAGAUUCUUGGAGAAGGAAAAGGUGCUGCCUUCUUAAAUUGUGAGCAUGUGAACCAAAAAGAUUUACGGAUAUUUGAACAAUCCUCAAUUUACUUUCUUGCUCACUUAAAGGUUAUUUCUUUGUUAAAAAUCCUAAACUGUAUUUAUCAUGUAAUGAUGCUGCUGUAGCUGCCAUAACUUCGAGAGAAAUGCUGAAGAGAUGCCAUUAUCACCCAGUCAGCAAAUGUCAACAUUGUUCCAUGUGGCAUAGAUUGCUACCUGUUCUUGGGCUAACACACAGUCAAGAACCACAAUUCUCAAGCAGUGGUACAUAUGAUGAAUUAUAUACUCAAGAUUUUACUUGAAUAGGUUUACACAAGGGUUAUUGCGUGCUCCUGACUCUCAUCCUAAAUUUGAAAUGAGGAAGUAUUUUAGAGAUACCAUUGAAUUUGGAUCAACAUCUGCAAUUUUUUGGUUUGAGGAUGUUAAAAUAGGCAUCAGUGUUUGGAAUUUUCACAAAUCUGCACUGCUCUAUAAAUCUAUUCCUUCAUAAUCUGAACUAGAUGGUCUUUGAUCUGUGGGAUCAGUAAGGAUCCCCCUCUUCUCCCAGUAUCUAUCAACAAGUUAAUACCCAACAUUUUCCUUCAAACCAUUGCAGGUCCAAUU